AUGCCGGUCAAAUGCCGCCAAUCACCCGUCAUCUUCCAACUGCCCGCCAAUCUGCCCUCGCCGUCUUCGUCCGAUAUCUUUGAGGCCCGUUCCAAUACCCUGGCCGGUAAGGGAGGACACCAGGUCAUAUCCUCCCCCAACUCGAUUCCUUGA